AUGAGAUUCCACUUCCAAGAAACAAAAUCUGCCAUCAGCAAUGAAGAAGAAGAAGAAAAUGGUGAAAACAGCUGCUACUACAAUGGUUGCAAGAAAAACGCCAACUGUGACUGUGAAUUUUGUAUAGCCAGCAUCAACGCAACCCUUGACCUCGUACCCAAUAGCUCCCUAACAAAAUUCUCUUCUUCCAAACCCAAUGUCAAUAGCUACUCUCCAAUCACCUUUGAUUCUUCCAUUUUCAACACUCCAAGAAAGCCUUCUAGCUGUAUAGCGCCGCUGUCGACUCCUGUCGUCAAAUCAAGUGCGAAAUCGAAUCAUGUUCAGAGAAUGGAGAUGAAGAAAGAGGGGAAAAAGAGGUCUUUUUACUGUGGGGUUGGUGUGUUGAGUGUGGUGAUUGUUUUGGGGUUUCUUGUGUUUGCUGAUGUUGUUUUGUCAAGGGUUGUUUCUGUGGUUUAUAAGCCUUCUUUGUCGCCGGAUUUGGUGAAAAGGGUUGGUGAGAAAUGUUAUCAAAUUCGAGAUUUGAAUGGAAAGUUGAGGUUUUUGCAGAAUGAAUUGGGGAAUGUUGUUCAUGGAGAAGUUUCAAACUGUAGUUUUACUGAUGGCUCAUGGGAAAUUAGCCAGGAUGGUCUGUUAUUGAAUUCAAGGUGCAAAUUGUACAAAUCAGCAGUGGAGGAGGUUACAAUUUGGGGGUGGCCUCUACAAACAGCUGGAAUGAUCACAACCGGGAUAUCUUCUCGAACCCUAGCUAUCUUAUCAGGAAGAGUUACUGAGUGGAAAGAUGGACAAGUUAGCUAUUUGAUUAGAAAGGCCAAUACUUCAUGGAUACAACAAGAAUGGGGUGCCUCAGUAGUUCAACUAGAUCCUAACACUUGGAUUCUUGAAUAUCAAAAAAGCUCUAUUGUUGAUGGUAAAGGAUUGUUUUCUGCAGCAUUGGAGCUACUCAAAUACAGGAUUUCAAGGAAUAUUGGCAAGAUGAAGAAAAAUCUCUGGCUUUUUGCUGUUAGUUUUGAAGAUAAUGGUAGCUACAAUUGGUUCACAACAACAAACUAUGGGUCUAAAACCCCAACUUGA